AUGUUAAGAUUAUCUCUUCAAAAUGCCAUUACAACUUAUGAACAACUCGAAACCACACCUUCAAACAUAGAUUUAAUUCCCGAAGAACUUGAAGACAAUUUGCGAAGACUUGGUUGUGAGCUAAUACAGUCUGCUGGGAUUCUCUUACGAUUACCACAGGUAGCGAUGGCGACGGCUCAAGUUCUUUUUCAGCGGUUUUUUUACGUUGCUUCGUUGAGAAAAUUUUCAAUUAGGGAUAUAGGUAUGGGUGCUCUGUUCCUCGCGUCAAAGAUUCAAGAAUCUCCGUGCAAAAUACGCGAUUUGAUAAAUGUUUAUUAUUACCUGAUAAGACGAUAUCAUGAUCUACCCAUGGAGCCCUUGGAAUGCUUUGGCUCGAAGUUUUACGAAAUGAAAGAAGCGUUGGUGAUGGCAGAAAUGCAAAUUCUCAGGAGACUCGGGUUCGACGUACAU